AUGGAAUUGUACGCAUCGGGUUUCAACGCCUGGGGCCAACUCCAAUUCCAAGACGCCGAGAGCCAUGCUGAGCCAGACGACUUACACGAAUUCACCUGCGUGCUAACGGGCGAUGCCAUAGACCGCCCUCGACCAUCGUUGUCAUACACCACAGUGGUCGUCAAUGGCAAAGUGAGAACUGCAGGAUAUCUACCCACGGCUCACAGACAGCUAUGGGACGAGGAAUUUCUAUCCAACCGUACGCUCGCCGAGGCAUCAAAUGGAUCAGUCGCAGUUCUUGAUCCUACUGGCUCGGUCCGCUGGCACAAGUCGCUCCACGGAUUCUUGAACAAAGACCAGUGCCAGAACUUCCCACAGCUUCCGCCGUGUCAGCAGCUCGUGGCCUACGAAGCCGGGUUCGCGGCUCUUAUGCGCACAGGUGAAGUCUACACCCUGGGCGAUGAACGAUACUCCGCGUGUCUCGGCCGUGAAGUAUCGCCAGCUAGCCCGGCGGACGAGCCCGGCCUUGUCAUUGCUCUCCAGGACUUGCCCACGGGAGCCAUCUCCAAGAUAGCUGCCGGCGGAUACAUGCUUGCAGCGCUGACUACAGGAAACGAUCUCUAUAUUUGGGGCGGCCACCCCGGCAGGAAGACCGUUCCAUCAGAUACCACCGACGAACCAACGCCAGUCGACAUCGAAGGAAACGACAUUGCAGACGUUGCUGUCGGCGAGACACAUAUCAUUGUCUUGACGACCAACGGUGACGUGCUCGUCAUCGUUUAA